CUCCUCCCUGAGUUCUGGCUGUAUGUGGAGUAUUUUUGGGUAAUGCCUACAAACAAUAAACUCCUAGCAUGGGUGAGGGCUAUGCCUGGGGUCUGUGAGGACACUCUGGGCAGGAGGCUGUGUGGGCAUGCUGUGCCAGGCUGGCAUGGGCUCAAGGCUUAGUACAUAGCAGAAGCUGAGCUGGAAGUAUGAUCCCUGACUCUAACAACAACCCAGGGAAGGUAAGUUAUAGAACUUUGUGUGUCAGAGGGGCUGAGUGGGAGUCAGCUGUGCAGUUCAUCAGAACUCACUGGAUACAGAAUAUAUAAUUCAGAGUUCUGAUUCUAUUAACCCCCUGAGUGCUAGUUACUGAAACUUCCAUACAGGAGGAACUGUGAAUUCCAUUAACCCCCUGAGUGCUGGUUACUGAAACUUCCAUACAAGGGGGACUGUGAAUUCCAUUAACCCUAUGAGUGCUAGUUACUGAAACUUCCAUACAAGGGGGACUGUGAAUUCCAUUAACCCUAUGAGUGCUAGUUACUGAAACUUUCAUACCGGGGGAACUGUAAAUAAAUUUACAAUAUGGAUCCAGUUAGCCAGGAGACCAUGGGGUUAAAAAUAAACCCCAAAGUAUAUCUGUAUGUGUGCUAUAAUGAUGAUGCUGGAUGUGAUUAUCUAGAUAUUUCUGUGGCUGUAAUGAUCUAGAUAUUUCUAUAGCUGUAAUGAUCUAGAUAUUUCUAUGGCUGUAAUGAUCUAGCUAAUUCUGUGGAUGUGAUUUAUCUAGAUAUUUCUGUGGCUUUAACGAUCUAGAUAUUUCUGUGGAUGUGAUUUAUCUAGAUAUUUCUGUGGAUGUGAUUAGAUAUUUCUGUGGCUGUAACGAUCUAGCUAAUUCUGUGGAUGUGAUUAUCUAGAUAUUUCUGUGGCUGCUAGUCUCACCCUUCUGCUCUCUCUUCCCUCUCCAGGUUUCAGACAGGUUCCCCGGCAGGGAGCUGCCAUCCUCCCCCAGGAAGAGGCUGCAGUCUGCGGAUGAGGCUGUGCGUGGAAGCCGGCCGCCCCCGGAGGGAGCUGGGGCAGCCUCUCUGUCAGAGCUGGGGCACACAGAGGGGGCUGGCUCCGGGGACUGGUGCCCAUAUUGCCAGGCUAAGCUGGCAGAGCUGAAGAAGCAAGCCCUUAAACUAGCCAUACCCGGCUCCACCACGGUAAGGGAACCCUCAGCCAGCUCCUGGCUUGGAGUGAUGGGAGCUGGGAUUAUAUUGUUUCUUCUUCGUCUUCCUACAUGACAUAUAAAGAGUUUUACAUGUUUAAAGAGAUUGUGCUUAUUCUAUAGAAAUCUGAAUAUAUCACACUAUAUAAACUGUACUGGGCUGACAUUCCAUGGAUGGUGUGUGCAUUAAUGUGAGCACAGUGUGUAUUAAUGUGAUGGUGUGUAUAUUUAAGUGAGCACAGUGUGCUUUAAUGUGAUGGUGUGUGUAUUUAAGUGAGCACAGUGUGCUUUAAUGUGAUGGUGUGUGUAUUUAGGUGAGCAUGGUGUGUAUAUUAAUGUGAGUACAGUGUGUAUUAAUGUGAUGGUGUGUAUGUUAAUGUGAGCACAGUGCAUAUUAAUGUGAUUGUGUGUGUAUUUAGGUGAGCACAGUGUAUAUUAAUGUGAUGGUGUGUAUAUUAAUGUGAGUACAGUGUGUAUUAAUGUGAUGGUGUGUAUAUUAAUGUGAGUACGGUGUGUAUUAAUGUGAGCACAGUGUAUAUUAAUGUUGUUAUUAUUAUUAUUAUUAUUAUUAUUAUUAUUGUCAUUUAUAUAGUGCCAACAGAUUCCGUAGCGCUUUACAAUAUUAUGAAAGGGGAUUUAACUAUAAAUAGGACAAUUACAAAUAAACUUACAGGAACAAUAGGUUGAAGAGGACCCUGCUCAAUCGAGCUUACAUUCUAUAGGAGGUGGGGAGUAAAACAUAUUAGGACAGGAAUGUGCAAUCAAAUAAGGUGGGCUGCCCUUUAGGAGAGGGCAAGAGACGGGUAUGUGAGGUAGGGGUUAGUCUUGGAGGCCAUAAGCUUUCCUAAAGAGAUGGGUUUUAAGGCACUUCUUAAAAGAUGCAAGACUAGGGGAUAGUCGGAUGACGGUAGGCAGGCUAUAUGAUGGUGUGUAUAUUUAAGUGAGCACAGUGUGCUUUAAUGUGAUGGUGUGUAUGUUAAUGUGAGCACAGUGUAUAUUAAUGUGAUGGUGUGUGUAUUUAGGUGAGCACAGUGUGUAUUAAUGUGAUGGUGUAUAUAUUUAAGUGAGCACAGUGUGCUUUAAUAUGAUGGUGUGUAUUAAUGUGAGCACAGUGUGCAUUAAUGUGAGCACAGUGUAUAUUAAUGUGAUGGUGUGUAUAUUAAUGUGAGUACGGUGUGUAUUAAUGUGAGCACAGUGUGCUUUAAUGUGAUGGUGUGUAUAUUAAUGUGAGUACAGUGUGUAUUAAUGUGAUGGUGUGUAUAUUAAUGUGAGUACAGUGUGUAUUAAUGUGAUGGUGUGUAUAUUUAAGUGAGCACAGUGUAUAUUAAUGUGAGUACGGUGUGUAUUAACCCCUUAAGGACACAUGACAUGUGUGACAUGUCAUGAUUCCCUUUUAUUCUAGAAGUUUUGUCCUUAAGGGGUUAAGGUAUUGGUGUAUGUAUUAAUGUGAGCUGGGUGUGUUUAUGGAAUCCUGUUAGUCCAUUUAAUUAGCAAGUCUCAUUUAAAAAGAAUACAUUUGUGAUAAUCAAGGAAUUGUGCCCAACCCUUUCCUUUGAAGGCAUCUGUUUUGUUUUGUUUUUGCUUUGUGAGACUCCCAAGUCACCAGUACUGAGAUCUGGCAUUUUAUGUGAUUGUAGACAAGCAGAGCAGUUAUUGGAGACUGUGGGUUAAUAUUGAAUGAGUUAUUCUGGGUCAAAGUUCUAAAUAUGGAACUACUAUCUGAACUUUGUAUUGGUUUCCAUGGUGACUGCUCCACUUUUAGAACACUGCUGCUAAAUUACUACCUGCCACAUGGGCACCAAGACUGGCACAUGAGAUUAGACUGGCAUGGAGAACACAUUGUACAGAACUGGGAAAUCUGUGUAACUUCAUGACUUAUUAGUUGGCAACAGCUAGAGAGUUAAAGGUUCACUUUACUUAGUGAAAGGUGGCACCAGUGACCUUUAUUUGGUAAAGCAGUGUGGGACCUUUAACAAUCACCCAAAUAAAGCCCCAGUGCCCCACUAACUACUUUUGGGUGCCAGAGGUAAGUGCAGUGUUGCGCCCCUCCUCUCUGUCUGAUGACUGUGAUAUAUGUUGAGGUUUAAUCACUAAAUAGUGAUAAAAUAGGCAAAGUGUGACUAUACCGAAGUUAACGUUUUUCUGUUAUCCAAUCCCCUAUUUGAACCCAGGUUUUGUAGUUUGGGUUUUUAUUCACUGCACUUCAGUAGUCGGGGAAUAUAUUUCAUAGUUUUAUAAUAUGUAUAAUAUUGUGGUAAAUAACAACACACAUUACUGAGAUUGUGUACUGCUGGUGUAUUGUUUAGCAGUGACAAGGAACUCGGCUAUAAAAAGUAUCUUGUGAUUUAAUGUACUGGUCUCUGGUAUUUAUGGUGGCACCAUGAUAAAUGUAAAGGCUUGGCCUGCAGUUGUGGGAGGGGCAUGUUUCCCUACAUAAACCCCCACUCACCUUCUUCUGUCCCAUACGUAUUUUUAGUGAUUCGCAUGUCCCCACCCUUCACUCCCUCAAUUUAUACUUUUCAUUACACCUCAUGGGUGGGCCCUCUUUUAUUACAGGCCUACCCUCGACGUCGGUUCCGGCACACCACAACCGACUCAUUUCCCCCUUUUCCUAUACGGCCUUAUUUGCCCCCCACACAACUGAUAAUUGCCCAGUGGCUGUAAAGGACUAGUACUGUCUAAUGUAUGUAGUGUUCAUGUGCUGUCACAAUGUAUGUAGUGUUCAUGUGCUGCAUGGGAUACAUCAUUGCACUCAUCAAUUUAGUUGAUUUUUAAAUGGGUUUUUAGUACUGUAUUUCAUACCUGCUACAUAUGAAUAAUACUGUUAGUAAUACUUUUUUAUGUACAGCCCAAUGGCGAGUUGUGUCUUGUGAAAUAUGGCGGCUGUGGCAUUCCUAUUCAGGUUUAUGAAAACAAUUGCCCCACUAGUUCUUCCUUUAGUUAAGGAAUUGACAUCCUGCAAGGAAAUCCUAUUACCUUAAUAGAGUUAGUUUUUAGUAAUACUUCCUGUCUAUGCCAUUUAACGGGUUAAGAGUGGAUUUACAGCUGGUGACAUGUGAAUUGAUUAGGCAAGGAUAGCUGAGACACAAGAAAGAUGAGAGUUCAAAGGAGCUCCACGUGAUAUAGCUCUUUUCUGAUAUAGUUUAAGUACUGAUAGUGUGACGUCAUAAUAGUAUUAAUAUGACACAAGACCCAAGAAUCUAAGUUGUCAAAACAGAAUCGGAAACCUGGGACAAGCUAUGUCUCAAAGUACAGUCAGUCUGGGCACAUUGCUUCAGCCCCCAGACCAGCUCUAUGGCCAGAGAUAGAUUACAUGGACAAAAACAUCAGUCGGUCGAUACUGACCAAUCUGUUCGGGGGUCUGAACAGUAGACAAUGGUAAAGGUUUCUCAGAUCAGGUAUUGAUGACUAUCGCCUCCCAUUGUCCUAAGGAGUUUGGCAGUUAUUAUAUAUAUAUAUAUAUAUAUAUAUAUAUAUAUAUAUAUAUAUAUAUUUUUUUUUUUUUUUUUGUUUAAUUAUUUAUUUUAAGGCAUGGUGAUGAUUUUCCUUGUUUUGUACAGUUUGAUUUGUUGUUGGCCAUUGCAUGCACACAUUCAUACGAAGAAAACAUAUAUGUUAAUGCUACAUUGCACACUGCUUUAUAUUACCUUUUUUUGAAUUUUUUUUUUAUAACCAUUCUUUUUGCUCACCUUAGAGGGAACAUUGUGUUGACAUGCCUUUUUAUGUAUGCGUGCUUUAUUGAACAUAAGAUGCUCCGUAAACGAGUUCGUGGAUUCCACCUUAUUCUAUUUAAGGUUACUUUUAAAAAGGCAAAAACAAAGAAACAAAAACACAGUAAUUGUUUGCCCCCCUCCUCCUGACUGUCAUGGGAGAGUAGCAUGUUUUGUGGUUUGUAUUGUAGGGAGUGAUCCUUCUUUGCCUUCUGUUGGCUGCUGUGCUGACGAGUUGGACUUGAGUCCAAAUUAAUGUCUACUCAUUCCAUCAAUCCUUGGGUUGUCGUCAUCCAUGGUGAUCAGUUUUAUAGCUCCAACAAAUCCUCUUUACUGAGCUAUACCAUUUAUUACUAAUCUUGACAAUAUUUUGACCUGAAAAGUUUUUAUUUUUAUUUAUUCUUUUUGUUUCCAUCAUUUUGACCCAAAAUGUGCUUCUCAGAGUUCACUUCUAAAUGAAAUAAAAUAUUAAAUAAAGAUUCAGUCAAGAGGCAGCGAUAUUUCAUUUUAUUUAUUUUUAGGUAAUCUGAUAUGUAUGACAUUGGCCUAAAAUGAGGUCCCUAAACACUAAACCCAUCUUGCACACUUUGGGAUAUGCUUCAGGGCUGCCUUCCUUCAUCAUAUAACUGGUUCUAGAGAAUAGGAGCCAACACAAAGUGGUUUAUUCACUAAACUCUGAACUGUAGUAAAUUUUAAAUCUGAAUUGCAAAUUGUAGAUCAAAUAGUGGACCUGCGACCGUAACUAACUUGUACAAUUGUGUUGGUGUGUGUUCUGUUAAAACGGGAACGCUCUCCUGAUUAUGGCCCGCUAGGCUAUCUGUGCUUUGUGUAGACCACAAUCUGUUAAUAAAGCUGUAAUAUCAUUCCAUUAAAGUUCAACUAAGUGCAGGCUUAAUGGAUGCCACCAAAACUCCCAUGGUACAGACAUGUGAAAGGAAAUAUCUUGAUAUAAACAUCCCUUUAUUUCUAUUCUACUGACAUUACAAUCUACUGUACUUUGCAGUCAUCUGUAAAAUCAGUCAGAUCCUUAUAAAGAGAUGUUUAUAGUAACUGACUGUGUAGUGUUUACAUUACACGUUCUACCUGAUUGUACUGUGUUAAUGAUAACAGAUCUCCCACAAAGAGGCAAACAUAGAUAAAGUAUGUGGGCCACACGUCUAAAUACUCAGCCAGAUCUCUAGACUGUUUUAUAACUCAGCAGACUAAAAAUAGGGAUAUUUAAUCUGCAGGUAUAUGAAUCUAAGUACAUCUUCAAUGGGUUUCGUUGUAAUUAAAAGGUUUAAUAAAAAAUAAAAUAAAAUUUUUCUGGGCUGGACCGGUCACAUGAAAUAUACUUUAUGUACUCAUCACAAACAUGUAAAAACUUGUAACUUUAUGAGUUGUGUGUAAUAUUAGCUCCUUUUUAAAACUUUUUUUUUUUUUUUACCUCUUUAUUAUUUCAUAAAACCUCUUAAGGACCUAAUGUUACUCUUUGUGGACAUUGCAAGCUUUUUUUCCUGGCAAACUUGUGGCUUUAUCGAAAGACAUGUGUGUGUGUGUUUAUCUAUGACGUUUCUUUGCAGCCCUGCAUUCGAUAAGUCAGGCCUGCACCACCUGUGGCCCCCUAGAUGUUUUGAACUACAACUCCCAUGAUUCACUGGCUAUCUAUUUCAUUCAAAGAAUCAUUGAUGUUGUAGUUCAAAACAUCUGGGGGGGGCGCUGGUUGUGCAGGCCUGCGCUAAGUGAAUGUUUAAAUUAGGAUCCUUUAAAGAACAAAAUUUUAUGACACCAUAGGCUGUCAUUAGUCCUACCCGGUUACUAACCCAUUGAUCGUGUGUCUCUUGUGACUAGAACACUCUUCCAUCCUCAUUAGUUAUCCUUUUUGUAUGUUUUCUAAGUGUAGCAGUUAACUGAUGGAGUGAAACACUAUUGUGUUUGGCACAACCUGGUCUAUAAACUUUUUUAAAUGCACUGUAAAAUCUUACAAUGCCAUUAAAUGUUAUAUAGACAGCUCAGAUAUUUAAAUACUUAUUUCAUUAAUUUGUAAAACAACGAGCGGUUAUUGCUAUCUACUGAACCAGCUAAUGGGCACAGCCAUUUUGAAUCGUUGGUGUCUAGUUUCCUGAUGUAUUUGUAAAUAUUGAACUGAGCAUCAUGGCAAUUCUAAGUGUGUAUAAAAUGCUCAAUGUGAAUUUAGAACAAACGUCUAUAAUAAAAACUGUCUCUCUAUCCACCUUCUAGCCUGUUGUGGGUGUAUCUGUGGUUUUGUUUUUUAUUAAAAAAUUCUCUUUUGGUGAAAAGCGACCGACUAACUUUAGAUCCAUUUUAUUUCUUGAUGUAGGUUUGUUUUGAACAUCUGUAAUUGUAUUAAGAAUCCAUGCACUUGUUACACUUGAGGCUACAUUGUAUUGCACUUACGUUGUGCAGUAGAAUCAUCAUUGUUUGAAAACAAUAUGAUUUUUUUUUUUUUUUUCCUUCUUGCACGGUUUGGGUGAAAUGGUGGUCUGCAAAGGAAAUCAGCACUCCCCGACCUUCGUUUCAAUUGAAAUAUUUCCUGCAUAAUUAUAAUAAUUCCUGCUCGGUCUAAAAUUAGUAUUUUUAUGAGUUAUUGUAGUGUGAGCUGGGAAGGUUGAUUGUAACUUUUUCGGCUUCUUAGUUCAGUCUAGAUUGGUUUCUGGAAAAAAGCCAAAGUUUUUAAGAGCAGUUCAAGGGUUUUCCAUUCAUCCUAUGUGAAAAAACCUAAAGAUCACACUGCUGUACACAAGCCCCCUUGGCCCCCCAUUUGUUGUCUUGGAUUGUCAAAUUGUGGAAUGGCCAUUUCCUUUUUUACCUUUUGUGUUUCAUUAUUUUAAGAUCUUUUUAAUAUGUGAAUGAGUGCGUCCAUUUUGGCUCUCUGUCCAUCAUUAUUUUUGAGUGUAAGCUCUCUGUCCUUUGUAUCUGAAUGAAGAUCAAUGCGUGCCCUGGCUGUGCCUAGACUGAACUGGAUUGUAAUGUCAUUGUCUUUAAAAGGACAAUGAAGGCACUGUAGCUGCUUCGUCUCAUUGAAGUGGUUAUGGUGUAUGGAUUCCCCUGGCCCCGCUCUUCCCUGCCGCAUUAAACCAUUUUGAAUGUUUUAAUGCUAAACAAGUUCCUGACAGCCUAUUCGUUCUGUGCUGCUUGGGCUAUUGUUGGCCAGGAACCCUUUAUUUAGUGUUGAAGGAUCAGUUCAGCACAACAACAUCUUCAUUGAAAUUAAGUUGUUAUGGUUCCAGGGGGUCCCUGACUCUGGCUCACCCACCAUUCACGAAUGGUUUAACCCCUAAGGCCUGUGCUCCAGAGCCUGAUCCCUCUACUUUAAGCCAAUCAGCGGUGCCUUUGCCUGAGCCUUCUGCUAGGAUUUCAGAAAUCGGCAGGACAAGGCGGGAGAGUGGUGUGUAACUUUUUUAAAAAUGCUUUAAACCAGUGGUUCCCAACCCAGUCCUCAAGUACCCCUUACCAGUCCAGGGUUUAGGGAUUAUCCUGUUGUCUAAAGUGGUUUUUUGGUUUUUUUUUCUAAAAACACUUUAGACACAACUGUGUAAUCCCUUAAUUCUGGACUGCUAGGGGGUACUUGAGGACUGGGUUGGGAACCCCUGAUUUAAAGCAUCAAGGUGAGCCUUGUCAUGGACCUCUUGGCACUAUAACAAUUUCAUUUGGAUACAUUUGUGGUGCUGCCAAAACUGGUCCUUUUUAAAACUGCUCAAAAAACGGUAUGCCAUUGAAUGCAAGGACAGCGCCAGAUGACUCCAGGCACUACAACCCAUUCAGUGAGAUUAGAUGGCUCUCAUUAAAUAGAGCAUCCCGUGGGGAUGAAAGCCAACACAAGCUAGAGGUGAUUUCCAAUGUUUUUUGCAGUAGUGUAUUUUCCAGAGAAGUGACCGUUUCUUUAUAAAAUGUUACGUAACUACAUUUUAAUAAUGGAUAAGCAGUUGAGGAACAAUGUACAAACAAAACAGUGGAUAGCGCAUUAAAAAGUGGUAUCAACCUUACUCCGUGUCAAUAUAUAUUAAUACAUAGGAGAAUAAGACUAAGAUAAAAUAUACUUAAAACCAGACAGGAUUCUCAUGAAUCUAAAAAAUAAAGUGCUCACAAUAGGGCAACAUAGUUUGUACUAGUAAGUGGACAAGGUAAAAUACAUAUGAUAUCCCACUCACAUUUUCAUGAGCCUGUGAAUCACUAGCUCAGGUAUGAUGGCUCAGAGUGGGAUGUAGAUCUCCUCAAAUUCAUCCACUGAUGGAAUGCUUCAAUUUCUCCCAAAGGGACCAAGGAAUGAUAGGUACCAAGUUAGAAUAAAAACCAACAAUUUAUUCAAUAUUCAUAUUAAUAUAACAUUAAUAUAUUUUUUGGUUUAUUGUGUUUUUAUUGAAUAAAUUAUUUUUUAUUCUAACUUGGCUAUAUUCUAACAGACUAUGUUGCCCUAUUGUGAGCACUUUUAUUUUUCAGGUUCAUGAGAAUCCGGUCUUUUUUUAAGUAUAUUUUAUCUUACUCUUAUUCACCUAUGUAGUAAUAUAUAUUGACACAGAGUAAGGUUGACAUCACUUAUUAGUGUGAUAUCCACUAUUUGGUUUGUACAUUUUUCCUGUCUGGUGGAAUUUAGUAAUUGAUUUCACUGUGAAUUUGUAGCAGCACUUUCUUUAGCGCCGGCAAUAUCAUACAUUUUAGUGUGUUGGACUAGGUGAGGAACAAUGUACAAAUUCUUAAACGGGAUUUCUGUGGAUCCUCUGUUCUUUCUAUCUUGCUGGGUGGCAAACAGCCCUUCGUCAUGGGAAAGUACACCUGUUUUCGGGGCUCAUACCCAGGUGUACAGGACAGAGGACCUGUCCUUUUUUAAGGCUAGUCUGUGUGGUCUCAAUUGUGUCCAUCUCAAAGGAAAACUCUUUGAGAAAAACCUGAUGAUUGCUAAAUUAAUCCCCUCUCUAUUACAUUUCAGGCUUUGUGAAAAGUCAUAAUAAUGUAAUAUCUGUCAUUUUGUUAAAACCUUGACAAUUUUGUUCAGAGAUAAAGUUGCAAACACAGACCCUACAUUGUAUUCAGGGCCUGUUACUGCUUAGGGUUGAAGAGUUGUGACAGCGUUAUAGUGGGCCUAGACAUAGCCAUUCUAUUCAGCUAAUCUGAACCUCAAAUUUGCCCAGAGCAAGAAUGACUCUUCGCAGGAAAAUGGGGAUCACUUUUGAUGUGUGCAUUAUGUUAUUAUGAUGCUAAACAUAUCAGUCCUGAAGGUAUUUUUUCCGAACAUGUCUACUUAACCCAUUUUCAGUUAGAAGGAUGUAAGGUAAAGAGACAGAGGUGCUCACCCCUUUGACACUAAAAGGUUAAAGGGCUCCGUUUCUUCCUUUGAAGGGAUCUGCUGUGUCUUUUGUGAAAGCUAUAUUGAAUUCGAGCACUUGAGUAUAAUAUGAUAUGGUCUCAUUAUGUUUACUGUCUUGAGUUUUAUAACACAGAAGAUGCAGUGAUGUCUGUGAUUUUCCUAAAUUACUCCGAAUAUAACUGUCAUUAAUAUCAAAGUCCUGAACAGUACCAAAAGCUUUUAUUGCGUUGAUAAAUUGUCUUGCAGCUUUGUAAUAAAACAUGGCGCAGUGUUCCUGCUACAUUUUGACCUGAAUAUUUUUGGGAAUUUUUACACAAAAGUAUCUAUUAUUCAAUAUAGCUAAAAUAAAAUUUCUAUUACUUCUCCAUUGACAGAAAUUUAAUGCAACAUAGUAUUUUUUUACAUUUUAUUUUCUCUCUACAUCUUCUAGCACAAUGAAGUUUGCCAGACAGGAGUAUAACAUUUUACACAGUGGAAUAAAUGCUGGAGAACUCCAUUUAUUUAUUCACAUACCUGGGGCCUAAUUACAAUCCAGUUCAGUCUAGGCACAGCCAGGGCACGAAUUGAUCUUCAUUCAUCCUCUGAAUAGGCGUUUCUGCUCUCUAGAUGAGCCGGUAACUGACCGAUUAUAGUUUUCAGCUUUAUACAGAUAAAACUACAGCACAUUAAUUAUUAAAAUGGAAAUGUAAAACUUUUAAGGAUACAAUAUCCAGCAGACACCGGGAGAUGGGGGUACACGGAGUUCCUUCUCUUUUACCAAGGACAAUCGGGAAACAUUCAAUGGGGCACAGAUGGUCUGUGUGCAAUGGUCAUGUAGCAGUCUCCUAUGUGCACUGAGUCUGGGUUUAGAGGACAUGUUAACAUGGGCACCCAAGUAAAUUGUAUAAAAAAAGAGUGAGGAAGUCUGGCGGUAUACACCUGCUAAACUAAACGAUGUACUUGAGUCCUCCUUGGCCCUCGUCCGGACACUACACACAUCUACAUGUAUCCUUGGGACUAUGCUCACUGCUUGAAUCUGUGGAUUGGGUGAUCCAGGGAGAUUGCAAAGUUGUUAUGGUUCUUCCUGGCCCCAUGCUAUGAAAAUGUCACCCAGUUUUCUGGGGCAGAAGCAAACCCCUCACCUCUCCCCCCUGCAACCCCCCAAAAAUAAUUAGUAUUAUAAUCCAUGAUCUGCAUAAAAAGUUCAGUUAACUUAAGUAAUAUUUUCAGCAGAGAUAAAAUGAUAUUUAAUUCCAAGUUUUGGAUUGGAUGUUUUCAUAAGGUGACUAUUUUUUUUUAAUUGUAAUUUUUAUAUAUAUAUAUAUAUUUUUUUUUUAUUCCCAAAAAACUACAAGCCUUUCUAUGCUGUUCUAAAGUCUACAUGCAAAUUCUACAAUUAAAGUAAUUUGUGAAAUGCCAGGGGCAGGAGAUAAAAAUAUUAGUCCCUAAGCAGUUAUAAAAUUAUGAACAUUCUAUGUAUAAUUCAUAGCGAAAGCUUGAUGCUGUUAAUAUUUCAGUAGUAGAAAAAUGAAAAUCAGUUUUGCUAUGAAAAUGUAUGUGUAUUUUUAAAAACAUUUUUUUUUUUUUUUUUUAAUAUUGCUCUGUACACCAAAAAUAUAAUUUGAGUGUCAUUCUCUUGAAAGUUUAUUUUGUGUGAUACAUCCAUGAGAUUUAAUGCUAAUGCUCUGUCUGGUACCAAUAACCUGGUCUGUCAUGCACCCACCUAUAAUUAGCUAGUAUCUCUUUCGCGAGCAGUACCAAACAGUUUAUUUCUUUAAUUAAAAUUGUCUUGUAGUGUUGGAGCUGUCGGGAUUUAGUUGAUGUCUGUGUUUGUUAAAACAUUUAAGCCAUAGGAGGCUGACAGUUUCUGUGAAAUAGUGUUUUCAUCACUGUUAAUAAAUGUUUAAUUUUUUUUUUUUUUUUUUACAUUCUGAUUACACCAAGAUGGUGUAUUUAAGAUUGCCUGCCCUCUACACAGUUUUUGUUUGCCUUAAAAUGCUUAGCCGUGGACCUGGUAAUUAAAGUCGGUCAAUUAGCUGAACCUUGCAAAAAAUACUUAUCAAUCAAAAGGUUCAUAGGCAUAAAGUAAUAUCAAUAUCAAUCACUGGAUAAAAGAAAGUUAGAAAUUAUGGGGGAGGUCUUUUUGGCAUUACAUUAGCAUCAAGUAACACUUCUUAUGAUUCAAAUUUCUUCAAAUGAAUCCCUUCCCUAAAAGUUUUUUUGGCAAAGUGUAGCUGAAACACUUGGGGAAACACACCAUUAGAGUAUGGUAUUGCAUCAAAUUAUCGCAGAAACAGAUGAACGUAAUACAUACCCCAUUUAACUAACAGAAUCUUAUUUCUUUUAUUGUCUUUUUAUAUUCAUACUGCCAAUGAAAAAAGUUGUCCCCCAAUCCUAUUGUAAUUACUGUGUUUACUGUUCACUUGCAAUAUUCUGUUUACAAUUGUUUGACUUUUGAAAAGUUCCUUCCUGCUCAAACCAUACACACUUUCCCACCGCUAAUCAUUCUACAAGACUCAUUGAGACCAGCGAGGCUACUGGGUAAAGAGGAUUAAACUGAGCGUUGGUCAGACUGAUGUAAAUUGAUGUUCAUAAGCAACAUGUUGUAUCAGUCGUCUGUUUUUCCUAUACAUCCUGUCUUAAUUCUCACAAUUGACUUUCUGUUGGGUUUUGUUAAUAUUUUGGCAGAUUACAGUAUACCUAUUGUUCAAAGCCCUUUCAAUUGUUAUAACCCUUGCAAAUCUUGAUCCCGGAAGAUCAGCAAGUUCCAAGUGCUGCUGGCUUGCCAAGAUUGCAAUCAGUCUAUAGUACACAGUGCUGAUUGCGAGACUGCGAGCUCACAAAUCGAGAGCUGGCAAUGGGAAUCGAAGGAAUUCUGGAUGUAGCAAUAAUAAAAGUAUUUUACUAAGAAGAUUUAGAAAUUUUCUUACUCAACUCAAUGCCUCGGCUUUAGAUCAACCUUGUAAGAAGGGAGAUAAUAGACUUAUUUUAAUCGUAACUGCAUUUUGACAUUACAGAUAAAAGCUGUCUUUGUAUGUGUCAUCUUCUAAACAAAACCCCAAAAAUGGCUAAUCUGCUAAGUAGCUGGUAACUUGUUUGAAUAUAAAGCGCAUAUCCUAAUCAAUUAUAUAGGAGCCAGUUGCACUGGGGACUGUAAGUCUCUUUUGUUAAAAUUAAAAUGUAGCGUGUUGUAUUUUAUAACUGCGGUUUUAGUUGCAAAUUGCACUGCACCGUUACAUAGUAGUACAGGUUUAGGAAAGACUCAAGUUUUAUUAAAGAGUCAGCCUAACCACCGUAACCUCUACAGAGCCCUGUAGUAGUUAUGGUGCUAUAAAUGCCCUGAUGAUGGGUCCCCAACUGUCCUGCUUUUGGACAGGUCCUGUCCUCCCAUCCCAAUUUAUUUCCCUGGUGUCUCACAUCUGGGGACACCAGGGAAGUGGGAACUGCCCUGAGUAGCACAGCACAUCACAUGCGCGUUAUUAGGCAAGAUGGUGCUGUGCAGUGUGCACUGGCACCAUGCAGAAAGGGCUUGAGGUGCACUUUCUGCAUGGUCCUGCAGACUCAGGGCUGAUGUAGUGGUGGUCUCCCAGCCUGGAGUGCUUAAUACCAGGUGACAAACCCCUUCAGUGGGCAGGCAUGCCCAUUUCCUAGACCAACAUGGGUGUUGCCAGUGCCAAGUUGCAUCAUUGGUGAUGCCCUCUUGAGGGCCCCUCCACCAGUCUCUGUUCCAGGAAAAGGCAACCGUUGGCAUUGCAAAUGUUUUGGACUAUAUCUCCUGUAAUGCCCUUACCGCCAUAAUGCCACAAAGCAUCAUUGGAAAUAUAGUCCGCAACAUCUGGAGUGCCGAAUGUUGCCUACCCCUACCGUAUUCCAUACUUUCUGUUGGGAGAUAUGCUGGCACUCUCCCACAGGAAAUAGACAAGUCGUUUUCAAGCUAUUUCAUACCUACCUAGGUGUCUUACACUCCUUUAACGUUCUCUUCUGAGAUUGCUAAUAUAUAAUUUCCUACUUCUACGUUAGUGAUGCCAAUUUUGUCUGUGUUUGGACAGUAUAUAUUGGCUGAGAGUGUCAACUGAAACUACUGCCAAUUAAUUCCGUCUACAUAAAUUUGAAAUUGAUAUUGGAUUUCUUGGGCCCAGAAGAGGAGCCCAGGCCUUAGAUCCCUGGGGGACCCAGGUUGAGUCAAACUGUCUGUAAACAGAUUGACUGCUUACCCUGGGACAGUAGCCGGGUGCUUAGUAGCAAACUUCAGUGGUUAUGGUGCCUACGCUGAGUUUUUUUUUAACUUCAAGCCUUCACACGUCUUUCUCUUUCUGCGGUUGAACAUAUAUAAUCUAAAAACUGAUUUAAAAUAAAUAAAAUUUCAAAAUAAUAGCUCAGAAAAAAAGCCCCCCUGUCUAAACUGUUAAGAAAAGAAACGUUGCGAAUGUUGUUUGUUGAACUGUUGCCCAGAAAGCUUUUGUUAAUUUUUAAUGAGUACAUUACUUUAUUCAUGUUCAAUGAAAAUGAUGCCAAAUUUGCUUUUUUGAACAUGUCAUUUAAAUAGGGUUUGAAUAGAUGUGCUAAAUUAUAUAAUGCUAGUGCAAAUAAUUUCAUUGGGGGACUGUAAAAUAAUUACGAACACUCAGAUUGCAUAUUGGCUGCAAAUGUUUUAUUUUUUUAUUUUUAGUAUACUGGUAAAUGUGAUUAUUUCCUAAAAUGCUAAUUAAUUUGGAAACAAACUAUCUGUUAUUCGCUGAUUCUAAACAAAAAUGUUUGAACUGAAAUUUCAAAACUUACAGGAAUAUAACCGAAAAAAACAAAAUCCUUUUUAAUGACCACAUAAAAAAAAUAAAAAUAAUAAUAAUAAAAUAAAGUGUGUUACCGUGAUGAUUCCUACUAAAUUAUCAAGAUGUGAUAUAAAUAAUUACCGAAACAUGUUCUUGGAACUAGCAAGGAAUCAAUAUAAAUUUGUAUUUACAGGAAAUAAAGCUGUUAAAAUCUUAAUGUUGCUGGUAGUUGCCAAAAGUAAUUUUACAAGAAUUUAUUUAUUCUGAGUCCGCUUUAGUCGAUACGCUGGGGGUUAAUAACGUAACUAUAAAUAAUGGAGAAUGGACAACUCCUGUUUUACAGCUUGGCCAAUAAGCUUUAACUAAACCAGGAAAUGACUCUGCCAAUCACAAUGCUCCCAUAACUUUCCUAUGGUAGCAUUGAACUUAUCCUGUAAAUCCCUGCGCACAAUCUAUCCAUUUUUGGUUUCUGAGCAACAUUUUGGGCCUCUAUUUGCAAAGAUAGCCACCAUAGCCAUGAUACCACACAUAUCAAGUAGCUUUGGGAGAAUUACUUUUUUUUUUUUUUGGUCAGUUUGACCUAUUUCCAAAGAUACAUGCGCUUCCUAUUUCUUCGUUAUAGAGUGUUGGAGGCAGUGGCGGAUCCCGGAUCCGGGGAGGGGGGGGAGGGGGGGCAACGGGGCAAGAGAUCUCCCUCCCCGGACCACACUGCAGGCACUGUGCUGGCGGCCGGCGGGGGAAGGAGGGAGUGAGAGAGAGGACACGGAAGCUAAGGCUGCAGCUCCUCUGGGUCUACACACAUACACUGCCCCCCAUACACACACACUGCCCCCCAUACACACACACUGCCCCCCCAUACACACACAAACUGCCCCCCCAUACACACACAAACUGCCCCCAUACACACACAAACUGCCCCCAUACACACACAAACUGCCUCCCACACACACACACUGCCUCCCCCAUACACACACCCACUGCCUCCCAUACACACACACCCACUGCCCCAUACACACACACCCACUGCCUCCCAUACACACACACUGCCCCCACACACACACACACUUCCACCCCAUACACACACACUGCCCCCCCACACUACCCCUACACACACACUGCCCCCCACACACACACACUGACCCCCCAUACAUACACACUGCUCCCCAUACACACACACUGCCGCCCCAUACACAGACAUACACUGCAAUACUCACACACACACUGCAACUGUUACACACAUACACUGCCGCCCUCACACACACUACAACCUUCACACACACACACUGCUCAAACACUGUCCCGCCCUCACACACACACACUGCACCCCUUACACAUUGCACCACACACACCACUGCUCCUAUGCCCUACUACUGCCCCAUUUCCCUGCAGACCUCAGGCAAGUUGUCAAACUGUUCUUAAAUGGUUUGACUACUUACUCUGGGAGGGGGUCCUGGCACUAUUGACACCAUAACCACUACACUGAGCUGUAGUGGUUGUGUCUGGAUUAUUUAUUUAAAUAAUCUACAAGUGCCCCUCCCGAGAUCAGGCUCUGGAUCCGCCACUGGUUGGAGGUAAGAAGUAUUACAAAAACCUCCAGCUCUGCUUCAUUCUGGAAAUAGACCCCAAAAUUGUUUUCAUUGAUGUGUGCCACAUUGUUCUAUUAAAUAUAACUAUGCUUUGAUCGGAAAAACAAUUAGAUCUUACAUCCCAUUAGUUAAAAUAACGAAAAUUAAACAUUACAGUAACAAUAUGACACAGUGACUUUUUAUUGUCCGUUUUGGGAUUAUUCCCCCUUAUUUUGCCAAGGCCUUGGAGGAAGACAUCCCAGUUGACACCUGUUGACAUUUUUGGAAUUUGCAGGAAACUAAUUAGUGCUAUGGGAACUCCCUUUUUAUAAAUCUUUUUUUUUUUUUUUAACCUUUUGAAUAUGUAUUUAUUUUUAUAAUUUUGUAAUACAAAUCGGUCAAUGGAAAUCUGUUUGUGGAUUUACGUUAUCACCACAGAAGAGCCCUGUUUUAACUCUGUAACUGUUAAUUUCUAUGUAUUUUUCCACCCGUUUAAUAAUGGAAUAUCUGGUCUCCUGGGGAAGGACCCCUGCAGGAUAGGUUGCAGUUCAUCAACUCUGUCUAUGUUAAACCCUCCUAUUUUGCAUUGAAAGAAUUUCCUAUUCUGUCUCUGGACUGUGUUUUUGGCAGAAGCCAUUCCGACCUGUUCAAGCAACACUUCUCUUUCCUGAUUCUGUUGUUAACUCCGGAAAAACAAUGGAUCAUAACGUUACGCCCAAAUCAUGGCUCAUUUUAAAUAGAACAGCACAUUGGGAACACUUUUUCGAGUUCUUGGGCUGCAGCCUAGCUAUAAUCUUUAUGAGCAGUAGGGGAAGAUACUUGCAUGUGUGUAAAUAAAAACUGGAGGCUUCGAGAAUAGUAGUAAAAAUGCCAUUUUAGCUCAUGGUUUACUGGUCUUGAACUACAGCUUAAAAAAGAAAAACUGUUGUGUGCGAGAGGCCUACUCUGUCUGUGCAUUUUUCAUGUCGACACUUGGACUGCGCUGUGUGUAAUAUACAAUGAAGUGUCUAGAAUGUAGCAACAUAUUUAUAUCUUUCUAUUGUAGCUCAUUGUGUGCUCGAUGGCGUUCUAUUAACCGAUUUCACCUUUUAGUCAAGGAAUAAUAUCAAUGACAUUCAGUAUCCAUUUUCAAUAAGCUCCGCAGAUAAAUGAGAUUUUGUAGUUUUAUUGUAGUCCUUUGAGGCUCACUUUCUUACAUUAUUAGUGUGUUUUUAAAUUUAUUUUAGAUUGAUGGAAGUUUGUAUAAUGUUUUAAAGAUAUGAAAUUGUAUAUAAAGUGUCAACGUAUUAAAAACUUAAUUUUAUAAACCAGUACUAACAAAUUUUUAUUUAAAGUAACCAGUGGCUCACUCUGAUGAGCUUACACGGUUCUAACCUUGUGGACCAAUUUGGAGCUUAUUGUCAUUUGGACCUUUGUCUGUACUUCAAUGUCGAGGAACCAUUGAAAUAUACUAUACCUGAUCUCAAUUAUCAUGGGAUAUUGGGCUACAUUAUCAAUGGGACCUGUGCUAUGCUUUCAUAUAUUACAUAUAAACUCCAAAAUCUCUUAAAACUUGGACCCAUAGUACCUAAGAUGGAAGGCAAGUCAAUGUACUAUCUGUCUGAAUAUGAUUAUACUUGAUUAGUGCUUAGAUCUUGCUUUAAAGGGGCACUCUUGUCAGGAACACAAAUGGGUAUUCCUGACACUAUAUUGUUCCAAAACCACCAUUGAGGUGGUCGCCCCGAGAAAAGUGACCGAUCUCCAUUAAUGGUCAGGGCUAUGUCCAUUGUUUUAGUGUAGUGCUCUAACCCUGUGUUUUCCAGACAGCUGUCUGCACCUAAGCCUUUUAAAAUCCUCUACGUUGCCCAGACAGUGCAAAUAUAUUCUGCACAGGAAACAGGACACCCUUGGGGGAUAAUAGGUGGAAAGAAAUAGUAUUUGUAUGCUUGUAAAUACUCUAAGCCUGGAAAGGUAGCUUAAGGGGUGGGUGGUUGUCUUCCUUCGCAAUUAUGGCUCCAAGCUAAAAUGACACCUUUCCAUGGAAAGUAUUUUUGUGGAAUGACAAUGAAACAGAUGUUGUUGUCAUAGUUCCAGAAAAAAAAAAACGAAUGAUGAGUCUAGGAGCCUCUCGUUGGCCAUUGGUUUUGAGCAAUAGCAAUUAAAGAGAAGCUGUGACAUACUAAUUGGGAUGGCGAAAAUUGUUUUAGGAGAUAGACUACAUGGUGUGCUAACAGCCUUCUAUGUCGGGAUUUACUGCAAAAGGAAGACGCACACAAUGGCCUGAUCUGCUCCCCUGAACGAUUAAACACUGUUUUACAUCCCACAAACGACCAUUUGUUUAGCAAACUGCAGAUAAUGCUAGAAUGUUAAAGAGGUUAUAAACAGGAUUAUUGCUCAGGAUCUGUUGUUACGGUGCUUAAUAAGACCCAACACUUAUAUCAUAAAAAGGAAUAUGUGCGUGUGCACGUGUGUAUAUACGUGUAAGUUAUAUAUAUACACACAAGUGUACAUGCACACUAAUUACUUUAUUCCUUUUUAAAAAAAAAUUGUUUCCAUUUCCUAUUGGUAACAUGUGCCAAGAUAUUUACAGCAAGCUGUUAAGUAAAUGUGUGUUCUUUGCUUUGAAAGAGAUACUUUGCAAAAUGUUGUGUUCUGCCAAUUCAAUUUCAUUCUGAUCUCUGUAUGCCCUACAAAUGGGUGUAAUUCAGUAAAUGUGGAUAUCUGUAUUCCCUCUCAAUAGAAGAGCCUUGUGUAUAUAAAAGCUGCAGAUUAGAGAAUGUAUUCUUUCCUAUUUAUCAUCCUGAGUGUGUGCCCCUCUCACCUGAGAAACUUAGUGGCUUAUUUAGUAAACUGAGGUUGUGGAUAAUUGACAAGGCAGUAAGAAAAAUAGAAUGUGAUGGCAGAUAAGAACCAUUCAGCCUAUCUAGUCUGCCCAAUUUUCUAAAUACUUUCAUUAGUCCUUGGCCUUAUCUUAUAGCUAUGAUAGCCUUAUGCCUAUCCCACACAUGCUUAAACCCCCUCACUGUGUUAACCUCUACCACUUCAGCUGGGUGGCUAUUCCAUGCAUCCACUACCCUCUCAGUAAAGUAAUACUUCCUGAUAUUAUUUUUAAACCUUUGCCCCUCUAAUUUAAGACUAUGUCCUCUUGUUGUGGUAGUUUUUCUUCUUUUAAAUAUAGUCUCCUCCUUUACUGUGUUGAUUCCCUUUAUGUAUUUAAAUGUCCCCCCUGUCUCGUCUUUCCUCCCAUCUACAUAUAGUUGCAACAUAUAGGCCAAAGUUGGUUUACUGGAAGAGAAUAUAACUUUCAUUUUGGUCCAAAAUUUGCAGUCUCCUUAAAUUAUCCACAAUUUCCUUUAAUUAAAAUACAUAAAAAAGUAUUCAAUAGAAGCCUAGAUAUUGAUGGUAUGUAUUUACAAACCUGCUCAUUUGAGUGUGGAAUCCGUUCCAUCCCCCCCCCCCUCAAAUGUGCUAUUUUUGUCCAAAGUUGUGAUGUAUUUACUCUUAAUUACCUCAGGUCAGUUCUGCUAAAUUAAUACUUUGUUGGUUUAUUAUUCUUUCUCAUUUUACGUAGAGCUAUCAUAUUCUUCACGUCAUUACAAUGUUGCAGUGGUGGUAAAAUUGCAAAUAACUGAAAAUAUCCAUUGUCUGUUAAAAAAAUGGUUGCCAGCGGUGGACUUACUUGACCAGCUAGCAAAGUUGUCUGUCAGAAUAUCAUAAACUGAGAGUGGGUUUUUUGCUUAUCACAACUCACAGGGUUCUUCGUAAAGUGUGAAUUAUAGGGAAUUUUAAGUAAACAUGAAGUGUUUAUUUUUACCCUACAAUUUGAAAUUCACUGUGAAUUCUUGACAAAUCGCAUUUUUUUUUAUGAAUAAACCUGUCACUGUUUAGUGAAUAAUAUCGCCCUCUUGUUUUGUCUCCAUUGUGAACAAGGCCUCAGUGCUAUUUGAAGCCUUUGAUGUCCAGAAUGGUUUGCAAACAGUUUAUCUAUUCCUAAAGAGUUAUUUAACAUUUCUUAAUCACCUCUAAUUGAGCUAAUUCUGUGCUCUUUCACUUUAAAAUGCAUUCUGUUUUGGAUAUUAUACUGUGAAUGGGGCCAAAGACCCACUCGCUGUAGGGGGUCUAAUGAAAGAGACAGGGAAGGGAAAUCUCCAUAGAGAGCCUGUCUGGGGUGCUGACAGAGUGAGACAUGUAAAUAAAGGAGUUUCCUGUCUGCUCUGUCAUACAUUCCAAUAAAACGCUUCAGAUGUAAGCCGCAACUCUGUUACUCGACGUUUACAAUUUGACACUAUUAAUUGUUUGCGUUUGGAAGUAUAAUGUAACCUACGUGAAACAAUAGGUGUUGGUAUUAGUGGUGCAGUGAUUCGAACUUCAGAUAUGUGUGGAUUAUCACUCUCAUCAGGCUCAGGCAGCCUAAAGUCAAGUUGUGUGUGUACCUGCAGUCCAUGGUGAUAUUGUGAGGAAGCAGAUAUACAUUGUAAUUCCUAUUGCUCAGAGGACUCACUGUGUGGGGACAGAAAGGGCAUGGAACCAGGUCAAAAUGGCCUUAACUGACCAAAAAUGAGGUGAGUCUAGAAAAGUUAUGGCUGUGUCUAAAGCAGGGUUUCCUGUUUGGGUGCACAGCUGGGUGUGGAUUGUGGGUAAGGACGCAUGGUUAUCGCCAAUUAAAGCACAAUUCUUUGAUCUUUAGUUGUAAAGCGUAUUCAUAGCACAGUGCUGAGGAAAAAUAAUGGCAUUUUAUAAAAGGGACAAAAAAGUGUUCAUAGUUAAAGGACCACUAUAGGCACCCAGACCACUUCAGCUUAAUGAAGUGGUCUGGGUGCCAGGUCCUUCUAGGGUUAACCCUUUUUUUUUUUUUUUUUAUAAACAUAGCAAUAGGUUAAUCCAGCCUCUAAAGCCUCUAGUGGCUGUCUCAUUGACAACCUCUAGAGGUGCUUGCGUGCUUCUCACUGUGAAAAUCACAGUGAGAAGACGCAAGCGUCCAUAGGAAAGCAUUAGAAAUGCUUUCCUAUGAGACUGGCUAAAUGCGCGCGCAGCUCCUGCCGUGCAUGCGCAUUCAGCCGAAGAGGAGGCGGAGAGCUCCCCCCCGGCGCUGGAGAAAGAGGUAAAUUUAACCCCUUCCUCUCCCCAGAGCCCGGCAGGAGGGGGUCCCUGAGGGUGGGGGCACCCUCAGGGCACUAUAGUGCCAGGAAAAUGAGUAUGUUUUCCUGGCACUAUGGUGGUCCUUUAAAGCAACACUACAGUGUCAGGAAUACAAAAACAUAUCCCAGACAUUAUGUCCUCAGAUUGCAGUAAAAAGGUGUUCUUACUCACUUACCGAGUCUGGCUCCAUCUCCAUGGCUGAGAUCAUCAAUCUUGACUAUAUUAGCCAAUCCAAUGCUUUCCUAUAGAAAAAACAUGUGACAAAAUGCCGUGCUGUGCCAAUCGGCAUCUCCUCAGUGAUACAUUAACUUAAUGCAUCUCUAUGGGUAACAUUCAGUGCCUCCAUGCAGAGUGUGGAGAUGCUGAAUAAUGGUGCUGUACACUGCAGCACUGACCCAGGAAUCACCUGUAGUGGCCGUCUGAGUGACUGCACAUAAAGCUAUUCCUAGGCAGCACUGUAAACACUGCUUGUUCUCUGAAAACAUUGAAAUGCCUGCAGGGACAUGCUAUAGGCACCAGAACCACUACAUUAAGCUGGAGACUUUUCUCUUUACUAUAGUGUCCCUUUUAAAAUACUGAAAAGAAAAUCCUCAUUUUAUUAUCGGACUCAUGGGUGUUCAUGUAAACCUGUUCUGUAAUAAGGUGAUUAUGUGUAUUAUCUGGUCACAUCGUCAACUGUGCUUUGUAGAUAUUUUGCAACACUGUAAUUAUAUUCCGUGUGUAUUGAUUGCAGUUAUAUCCACCAUGCAGUGAUUGGCGUUAACCCUCACUUGUAAAAGCAUUAAACGGAAAAUCUCUUUAAAAAUAGAUAUAUACUUUUUAAAACUGUAAAAUUAAAAUGAUCAUAUUCUGUUUGCUGCAAAUUCCUAGACACUAUUGAAUAACCCCCUGUGGGAACAUGAUAUAAAGAUAUUGAUAACCAGUAGGAACUAACUAACUUGCGCCUUUGAUACUUUUGAGUGUGGGGGAGGGCCUCUAGAUGCAGCCAUUUUUAUUUUAAUUUUUUUUUUAAUUGCUGUUGUCAUAAGUCACACACAGAUAGGGGGCAGUGGAUCUCCUUACACCAAUAAUUUUGCUAUUAAAGAUCAAUGCACAUUUAAGUGUAGCUAUGUAUUGCCAUCACUGUUAGCUGAAAUUUGACCACUGUGGCAUGAAUUGCAAAUGUACUGGUUGUCCUUCUUGUGGGACACUUGAAGCAAUUUAUAGCAUUUAUUUUAUUUUACUUUUAAUGCAAUCCUUCAAUAAUCAAAGGGAUUUGUGUCUGUCUGUACUGUAAUGUCUCCUCUAAAAAAAACAGACAGAUUCCAGGAUAUUUUUCGGCAGCUGGAGAGACAUAGCCCAGACCCUGGCCCUGUUUGAAUUCCUCUCCCUGUGUACUAUAUUAUAUACUCCCACUGUCUGUAUAUUUCAUCUAUAAUGACCACUUACUAUAUAACCCUUUUCAUUUCAGGAAUUUGAUGUGCCUCAUUCUGUCUGCUCACAGAGUAUGCAAUAGGAUAUUAUUCUUAAGCAUCUGUCAGAUUGUGUAAUGAUGUAAAAAGCAUUCUUUUCAGCCUCUUUGCUGCUCCACGGGAGUAUCAUAUACAUACUUAGCUUGGCCAUAAAUAUACCUUGAGUGGCAAUGUGCAAUGCAUUUGCUGUCUCUUGGCUCUAUAAUGGGCUUGCAUUUCUGUGAUUUUUAUUAUAUUUCUGUUGUAUCACCUUACUUUGUAUCACAAAGCCUUAUGCAAUCACAGGCCAUCUUAUCAAAACAACUAUUUUAAUAAGUAACAUCCAAUUUUUGUUAUAUUUCAGUUAUAUAUCUUAUCUAUCUUAUUGGAAUGGUUUUACUUUGAAAAUCAUUACAUUUUUUUUUUUCUAAAUGAUUGAAUAUAUUUGUUUCUGAAGAAGUCAUGAAUUACAGGAUAGGGAAGCUGAGCUAAUUAGAGGCUAUUAUUGCCUGUUUAGCUUUCAUCAUUCCUCCACACCCAGUGGACAAAGUCUUUCCAAAUGGAUAGUGUUACAGAGGUGCUUCUAAUCAGUUGGACACAUCCUCCUGAGAGAUACUCCAGAUGUCUCGUACUUGGUAUCUGGAAAAGACAGACAAGCUUGUGCAAUACCCCUCUUGCUAUGCUCAUUUAGGUAAGAUCUGGUCCAGAGUGGAUCUCACUGCAGUCUUCAUAAUGUGUAUUGGUCUGAGAGAUGAAAAAUUAAAUCUCUUGAUGUGAUCUUUAAGUGAUAAAAUACUUUUUAAUUAUUACGAUGACCAAGCACCUCCGUAGUAUCUUGAUGAUUGCAUUGUGGUGUGAGGUUUUCUUGACCCUGUUGUUAAAUCCGUUUUUACUAUAAUUUUAUUUUUAAAAGUAAAAUUUUUUUUUUUUUAAUCUUUUUUUUUUUGUUUGACUUUGGGAGUCUUGUUUUUGUUAAGCGUGUUGAACAGAUGCCUUUUUUUUUUGUUUUUUUUUUGCAUACCUCUAAGAUCUACAAAUUGUCUUCUCAUCAGCAUGUGCUAAUGUAAACCCCACUGUGUGGUAAGCAUGCUGCUUGUGGUCAAAGUAAUGUGGUGACUACAUAUCUGUGCAAGUAUUUUUUGUUUUGUCUAUUGUAGUACCCAAUGGAGACACCAGCAUCUUAUUGUAAGUCUUAAUUCUUAACAUGAAGUAAGUUAGAUUAUCUCUUGAGAUAGGAAACUGUUACAAGAUCCUUGUUAAGUAAAUGACAUACCGUAUAUACGCGAGUAUAUACGGUAUAUGUGGUUGUGUACAGAAAAGGGCUGGCUAGAUUGACCUGGGGGUUAGUUUCCUGUUGAAUCCAUUUCAUUGUGUGGGUGUGUGGGCUUUAAACUGGACAAUAUAAAUAAUAACAUAGUAUAUUAAUGACCAACUAUCUUUAUUUUGUAAAACCUGUGUCCAUAGCUUUUAAGGACCAAUAUUAAUCAGUUCAUCGCUAAAUAUCUAGAACAUUCUAUUUUGGUGUUAAUGUUGGCUAAUAUUAAUGUGAGAGCAGCAAGCCCCACCUGGUAGAAUUGAUAUGUUGUACAUAUUUUAGUGCAGUUCUUAGUCUCAAAUGAAAUUCAUACAGCCAAACACUUGGCAUUCUGGGAUUGUACAGAAUGCAUUGUGGGAAUGAGUGCACAUUUCAUUGGAGUGGCGUUGCUGUAAUUUUUGAUAUUUAUGUGUAACUCCUCAAUAUUAAACGAAGCAUUAUAACCACUACAUUAAUCUGAAGUCUCCUGGACCUGUGUAACCUUUGAGUCAAACUAUUAAUUUACAUUAAUUUGGUACCAUAUGUGUGCGUAUAUGUGUGUGUGUGUGUGUAUAUAUAUAUAUAUAUUGUAAUAUGAACAGGUGUACAAAUACCACUGACCUAAUAGAACAGAGGUACCGGUAGGUUAAAGGAUAAUGUUUAUUUAAGCUAACACCGCGCAUGGCCUUAAAACAACAAAAUUUGCCCUACGAACUUUCGUAGGCUUUAGAACCGUACAAACUUGUCUUUAUAUUUAGCAAGCCACUUUGAAGAGGACAUUUUACUGGAACAAAAGAUUGAAGAUGUACAACUGUGUCACAUUUAUUGGCUUCUUCUAAUUUCACACAUUCUUCUUGGAGUCUCUGUAAACCCAUCCUAUUUCUAAACAAAGAAUGUGACCAUAAAGGGACCUUGGCAACUGGAUUCAUGUUAAGUUAAAGUGCCUCCAUCACCAGAAGGAUAUUCCUUAUCAAACACUGAAAAUGCUGUUAGUUUUGUGUUUUUUUGUUUGUUUUGUUUUUUAAUAUUUUGUUGAUUAUAUAGUUUUGGGAUAUUUUAAGUAAAACAGUUGCAACAUUAUGAUUCUCUGAGUAACUGCUAAUUUCAUGUGUGUUUUGUUUAUUUAAUUUUUUUUUACAUUGCUAUUUUGUUAACUUGUGCACAGAUUCUUGGUGCAGAUGAAUCAAAUGCUUUUUUAAAUCUACACUCGAACAUAUUAAUCGGCCUCACUCUGCAGGCAAAUCCUGGACGAAUCUGUGAAUUCAGGCACAGAUUGAAAGGGCAUUUUAUUUGUUUGCACACCAGCUAAAAAGCAUUUGUGCAAGUCUACAAUUUUGUUUUAUACUUAAUGUACAAACCAGGAAUGAAGAAUUAGAUCAAACUUAUACAUGUAAUAAUUGGACCAUUUUGGACUUGACUGUAACAAAAUUCAAAAUAUUGAUAUUUAAAAUCAGGAAAUAUUUUUUCCUUAUUUAUUUUAACUGACGGAAUUAUUCAACGAGCCUUGAGUGACAAACUAAGGCCUAUGCCACCUCAUUUUCCCUCUGCUCCAUCGUUUCUUGCAUGCCCAUUCCAUUUGUGGAUCAAAUUCUGCCAUAGUGGAGUACUUAUAAUGGCCAGUUAUGCAUUACAGAGUUUCAAAUGAGCCUUCAAUGAACUUUAUUAUAUUGAAUAUAGUCUGAGCUAUGACAAGGGGUGUAGUGUCUGCGUGUAUGCAACUUAAUGGCCUAUGGCAAGCUAUUUCAUUUAGUACAGAUAGAGUUUAAGGAAUUUUAUUUACAAUUAUUAAUUUAUUAACAUGCAUAGUGGCUUUUAAACAUUCACACUGUGAGUUUUAUUGUAAAGACCUCUGUGAUGCACUCACACACAACACUUUCAUAUGAGUUUAAUUGUUGGGGCGCUCGGUGAUAAAUACACGCUGAACUUCUUCAAAAACACACAAAGAUAUAAAAGUAGGGAGUGGGAGGUAUUUGGCCAUCAAAAAGGCUUCCCGUGCUAAGAGACACUUAAGAUGAAAGCGUAAAGAGAGGCCAAUAUUUGUAUUUAAGGUGGCUAAACAAGUCUUGGAGAUACAGUCCUAGAAGUCACUUGAGUGUUUUUGUGUUUUUUAUUUUAAAAGUUAAUAAAGUGAUCUGAUGCAUUGCUCAUAGAUCAAUUCAUUCCCCCCACCGCCUGUUAACUACUUAUAAAAUAUUUUUCCCUCUUUGCAUUUGUUGUCAUUUUGAACCUUAUUUGUCACUCAAUCAAAAAUGGAUCAUAAAGUUUUCAAAAAGGGACCGGGUUAGAAUGUGUUGUAAUUUUUGAGUUGCUUAGUUAGUGCUCUCAUGUACACUUUUAUCUGUGCACGCUUAAUAAAUCCUUAGCAUCCUUGCAAAACAGCAGGAUAAUUUGGGAUUAAAUUUGCCCUGUGCUAUGGGAUAGUUGGCAGGCUCUGUGUAAUCACCGAGAGGCCUGGCCUGUUCGAUUCCAACCUCACAGGCAGCAUGUGUUUUUUAGCUCAUAGCGGAACAUGCCAGCAUUACAUACUUUGUUAGGUUAUUGCUGUAUGGUAAGGUAAAUUACCCCCGAGCUAUGCAGAGAGUCUAAUUUUCUUAAAUCCCUAUCCAUCAUUCUGUUUGAAUGUGCCCAAACAUACAAGUGUUAUACUUUUUAAGCUCCUUAAAGCACUCUUACCUCUCUAUUAUUUUUGAUUUACUCUAGGGGUGGCCAAAAGGUAGAUCCAUAAAUGUACAACUCUCAUGAUGCUUUGCCAGGUUUUUGACUGAAGUCCGAGGAAACUAGUUGGGAGCAAUUUACUUUUUUAAACUUUUUUUUUUUUUUUUCAUAAAAUAUCCAUAUUCUUUGAAAACAGGGAUGUUCAAACAAUCACCAGGGGCAAUCAUUUGGACAGUUUUAGGAUUGCUGUAAUUAACUGUAUGUAAUUAACUUUGUGCAUCACUAAGCCAUGUGAAGUGCGUAAAAUCCUUGUGUCUCCAGACUUUGAAUUUGAACAGUAUUGUUCUAAACUGGAUUAGAAUGCACUAUGAUAACUUUAAAAUAAAAUAUUUUUAACUUAUUUUCUUCUGCAUUUCUCUGACUAGAGAUUACCAACAACUUUAGUUUAGAAUUAAUGCAGCUUACAUAUUUUUGUUUCCUUUGCAACAAUUCAUGUGCAACUUUUGAACAAGAAAAUAUGACCUGAUUCACUCAUUUGGAUAUAAAAAAAAUUAAUAAUUGAGUGGUUUUGUGCCUUUGCAUUGUGAUAGGAUUAAAUACCCCUAUUUUUUACUUUAUUGUUGCAAAUUUACACCCACCAGGCAAGUUAUUAUUUUUUUUUUUUUUGCAUAAUUUAAUUUAUUCUAUUGCAAAAUGACUGUAAUAAUGAUAAAAAAACAAAAAAAUGUGAUGCUGUUCUGUUUCCGUACUGACCGUUCAUAGCCCUAUUGUUAAAUCCUCCCUGUUAAUAUGUGACUCUGAAGCUUUAGUUUACCACGCUAUCGUAAAACCAUGUUGAGGGUACACUUCACUUUUAAGUUUUAAUGCGGGCUAAAGUUUUAUAACCGUACUGUGUUUAUCUCUAUCCUCUAACACCCCUUCCCACCCGCUGACCAGGUGUUUUGUCGCAUUCCUUGUAGGAAAAAAAAAAACCCCAACAAGGUAAUAAUCUCUAAACACAGCUGCUCCAUCAACUAGCAAGACAAGGAGAAAUCCUACUAUAAAAACGUGGUUAUAAAAACCUGGACGAGUAUUUUAAAUACUUUCCGCCAAAUAACCCAUCAGAAUUCCAAGAAAGAAUUUCAGCAGCUGAAUAUUUCAAGCUGACCUGUAAAAACCUUCUUACGCCCAGCGUAGAUCAAAGCAGCUGUGUCCAAGCAUUUUCAUGUGCCCGGGAAGAGUAAAAAAAUCUAUUAACAUACCUGCUAUGCAUUGUUGUAAAAAGAGGAUUUAAAAUGGCUUAUGCGGAAUGUACGACUCCCUUACUGUUAGUGCAUUCAAUUCCAUUUUAUAGGUUGGUGAGAUUGCUACAUGGAACAGAACGUAGAUAUUUUACAUUCCAGUUGUUGUGGAAACGCUUUACUGUAAUCCCAAGCCACGAGUUGCACAACUACUGGUGUGGUGAGGUUGAUGAGGUUUAAGACCAUGUUUUGGGGCCUUAGUAGCUUCGUAAUGUUCAUUGGUAUGUAAUGCAGAACAAAGGCACAGUGAACUCUCUGAAUAAAACAGAAAAAUCACUUCAUGUGUCUUAUGAUAAAGAUUCAGUCUAUGACCUCCGAAGCUCACAGAAUCCCAUGCAGUCAUGGUUGAAGCCACCAUUUACACCGGUACCAUCUGGUAGGCUUGUAAUGACUUUCUACUGGUUUGUAGUGUUUACAACCACUUUCAGAUGUCUUGUGGUUUCCACCUAGUCCGCUGCUUUGUCAUAUGGUUUUAAACCAUUAUUGUUAUGGUUGUAAGCUCUAACAGAGUUUUGUGUCACGAGUUUGAAUGGAAAAAAAAUGGUCAUUUACUGAAUUCUGCCAUUUCCCUUUAUAAUGUCCCUUAUCUCUGCCUCUGAAAUCUUGUAAAUGCAUAAACCCGAAUCCUUUUAUCCUCCAAACAUAUGGAUACACAGUCAAAAAUAAAAUCUCAGAACAUGGACAUAUGGAAUGUUACAGAGCAGGUGGAAAGUUUGGGAGGGCAUUUGUGUGGCCUUUGAUCUGAUAUAGGAAAACGAGUAACCUAUUGCAUCGCUUUAUAUUUUUAUCAACAGACAUUGCGGGACUCUUUUUGUGUCCUUUGUGUGUCCCUCGAUCACUGUGCAAAUUGUACAGUAUCCUUACAGAAGUCAAAUGCACUUGCAGGACUUUUAAAAUGAACAUUACAUCUGGGUAUCAAAUGUUUUACACUAGUUGUGUGUUUUUUGUUUUUUUUCCCCCCUCUACUGUGAUGUAAUUUACGAAAUGCUGUAUGUUUUGUAUUUUGUGUGACUGACUUGGCUUUAAUGAAAUUUUAUGUUUUUUUUUUUUUUCAUUUCCUAGAACCCACAAUUUUCAGCUUUAAUUUUUGACAAGCUCCAAGUGCCUGAUUAUUUGCUGAAGAGCAGGAAUGAAGGAGAAAGCCGAUGUGAUAUCUGCGCCACUCACUUGAACCAGUUGAAGCAGGAAGCCGUCCAGAUGAUCCAAGCUUUCAAUCAAACCGGCAACCCAGAAAUUCUAGAUUGUCCCCGUUCUGUGCCUGUGGCUAGUGUUCUCCCGGGCCUAUCACCCCAGAAAAUGGUCACCGUUUCAUCUCAGAAGGAAUUGUUGAUGAUUGCUGGGCAGGUGGGCAAGCAGCCUGGGAAACCAACACCUGUUUUCCCUGGGACAGAGAAGAAAAAAGGGCUUGGAUGGACACAAGGGCCAGGGAGCUUUCCAAGCUCCAGUUUGCAAGUUACAGUGGCUCCGAACAGCCUUGGUGGAACUUUGAGCUCAGUGACCAUCCAGGCCCAACAGUAUCUAGAAGGCAUGUGGAGUAUAUCCAGAGUCAACAACUUCCUUCCUUCAUCUUGUCAGGUAAGCGAACGCAAUUGGAGUGUGCUGGUAAUUGUCAUUCUGUAUUAAGACGAGUUGUGUGAUGGAACUUGUGUUUUAAAUGGGAAAGUACCGUGGUCUAUUUUCCAUCUUCUCUUGAUUUUGUUUUAGUUACAAUGUCAAAUAUCUUUUUGCGAAUAGAAUACUCCCUUAAAAAUUAAAUAGAAUAAAAAUGAGUGAAGAAUUUCGAUCGUAACUUUGAGUUCUAGAACACUAGUUUUGCAUAAGAAAAAAAAUAAGAAAAAAUCCAGUAUGGUAACCGAACGGAUAGGACUUUUAUAUCUUACAGUUUUGCACAGUGUCCUCAAAAUAUUAACCACCACAAACCGUUUACAUUUAAAAUUAAAUAAAAAUGAACUGAUUUAUAUAUAAUUAUUUAGGGCUUCUGAAAAAUGUUUUAAACACAAGUGUUCCCAUAUGACAACAUUGAUCAGAUUAAACAUUUCCCAGUUUUCUGUGUGUAUGGAGAAUAUUUUGCAAUUCUCUUCCUGUGUCUAUAUCUGUUCUUAACAUCUGCCAGUGAUUGCAGAUCCUUAAUGAAGCUAUUAAUAUUUUAGUGGCUCAGGAACAGAAGCUGAAAGGAUGUCUUGGUAUUAGUUAUAGAAGAUGUCAAAGGUUGCCAAUCUUAAUUGGAUGAGCAGAAGGUGAAUAUGUUGCAAAAAUUAGAUUUAUUAAUUCAUUUUAUCAAAAAAUAAAUAAUAGUUUUAUUGAGGCGUUUCUACUAGAAACACACAGAAUAUUUCACUUUUUUUUUUAAAGGAACACUAUAGGAUUAAGAAUACAAAUGUGUAUUUCUAACGUCACAGUUUAGGUGACCGGGCCCCAAUUACCAGGGCUAAAAGGCGAGUUUUACUUAACCUUUUCUCCCUUGCAGUGACGAUCUCUGAUGUGCCAGUCCACCGCUUUAAUAGAGAUUAUGGAUAAUCUAAGUCAAGUGAAUGCUUUCCUAUAGGAAUGUAUAAGGAGACAAGUGCGCAUGUGCGGCAAAAUGCCGUGCCGCACUAAUCAGAUGGUCUCAGAGAAUGGAGUAAUGGUGAAAUAGAAAUAAGAGUUGUAAAAGGCACAUGUCUCUUUUAUUAAUGAGGAGCUACUGAUUGGCUUAGACGUUAAGGUGACCGCUUUAGCCACUCAGCAGUGCCCUUAUCUGGUGGCAGCCCGUGCUUCCUAAAACGCAAUUGAAUAAGCCGGAUUCUGCUGGGGAAAGGAAGAUCGUGCACUUGAAGCAUCCUUUGGGGUUAAACCAUUUGAGAACAGUUUAAACCCUACAGGUAAGAAAGCACCAUGGAUCUCCUGGCACCAUAACUGCAUUGGUACGCAAUAGUGAUUAUGGUGUUUGAAGUAUUCCUUUAAAAUGUCUGAGGGUAGUGCAGUAGGAGCUAUGACAUUGUAUGUAACUCUUGCAGCCAUUAGACUGCUGUGUGUGCUUACAACAGAUUCAGACUUUGCACAAAACCGAUAUUGUCAGCCUGGAAGAAAGAAUUCCAUCUGACUGACUGUCCUGGGAGGUGGCCCUACACAGAGGAAAAAAAAGAAGGUAUUUUAUCUCUUGAAUUAAACCUUUUUAGAAAGAAAGGCUGUUGUGUCUUUGCGCAGUAACCACUUCAGUAAGCUGAAGUGAUUAUGGGACUUAGGAUGGUGGACAUUAUUUAUUGCUAAGAAUUCUAAAGCAUAAUGCUAUCGAAUUGCGUUGAUGUAAGGUCCCGUCUAACCAACCUAACUGUACCCCACAUUAAAGAGCAUAUUGUAAGCCGACAUUGAAGAGCCUGGAAAAUGGAUGCAUACAUAAACCUAAAUGCUCAAGUUUAGAAAAAAGAAAAAACGAUCCUAGAAUGAAAAACAAAAAAGCAUGCUUUUCCAGCUUGUGUGUGUCAUAUAUUACUUAAAAAGAGCUUACGAAGACACUUGAGAAGAUAAAACUGUCCUGGUAAAACGCUGUGCAAUUUUGAGCAUAGCUCUGGCUUUCGGUUGCAAAUCGUAAGAGAAAUAAUAUUCGUUUUAAAUAUGAUUGCAAGAAAAAUAGAUAGUGCUGCCCGCAAUCAGAAAAUAUCUAAUACAGCGAAAGAGACACUUUGCUUUUAACAGGAAUCUUUUUGCUCCCGUCAGUCUUGAAUAUAUCUCCAAAUCUAGAAAAUGAUGUUUUCACCGGAAGGUUUUUUUUUGCAUUCUUUGUAGAAUGUGGCAAUUUUAUGGAAAGUAAAUCGUUGUUGCAGAGCAAUUUAAAAUGGGAAGCUUUAUUUAUUUCAUUUUUUUUAGGAAAAAAUUGUAAUCUGCUAUUUUAUGUAUAAACAUCAUUAUGAAUGUUACUGGUGUAAAAAAAUAAAAUAAAACAAAUAUAUUUAAAAAAUCUUUUUCUGGAAUGAAUCCAAACGAAGAGCUAAUAUUCUUUGCCAUGGCUGUAGUGUCGGAUUUCAAUCUCUAGAUUAGUUGAUGGUCUAAAUUAGAAUUUCCAUAAUUUAAGGUUUUUCACGUUUAGUAUAGUAUGCUGGUAUUCAUAAGUGCUGAGUGUUUUUCAUACCUACUUACAGAUCUAAUAUGCAGAAUUUGCUGUGUUCUUUUGGAGAGUUUUCAGCUUUUAUAGACAAUCGAAAACUAAAUCCUCUAGAACUGUCAUAGGUUCAAAUUCAGAAUUUACUACAUAAUAUAGUAGGUAGUGUAGGUAAAAUGUUAGCAGUUCAAGGGACACUUCAGUUGAGACACUGGCUUAACACGGCUCACAUAGGUAUCAAGAAGUGUCCUUGAUUGGAUCACGCGGAUAUCGGGAGCUGUUCUUGAGAGCAUCACACGGGUAUUAAGAAUUGUCCUUGACUGGUUCACUUGGGUAUCUAGGCUGGGACUAGUGAUUGUGUGUGAAACCUAUUCUCUGCCUCUGUGAUCAGACCUCUCAGAACUACACAAUAAAAAUGAUUCUUCCAAAAGAAAGUGACAGACUUUGGGGCGAUCUCUAGUCAAAGUGUUCCAGGCUAAUAAAAUUCACAUUAGAUGUUGUUUAGGAGGUAAGAGGUAUGUUAUACUUCCCAAAACUACCCCUUUGUGCUCAGGUUAAAAUCGUAAGUUUGUGUCAAGUACUGCUGAUCAUGCUUGCUGUCUCUUGAGGAUUUAAACCCCGGAGUAUUCAACAUUUGUCCAACAAAAGACAGGCCAAUAUAGAACUCUAAGUUGUUGUUCGAUAGCACCGUACAAGCAGAGGAUCUCUGGUAAAUUGGAUCGAGGCCAUGGUGAUAAAGAAAUGAGAAUUGUUAACUUGUAUUCUUGGCCUUAUGGCCUUAGAGGUGAACUUGGAAAAUAGUCACUCGAAUUCACAUGAAACUUGGCUUAUUUCCAGAUUUUCCUCAACUCAUUGAUUGUCUAGAUGGAAAUUAAAAAUGUAUAUAAACAGAAGCUUGAGGGUAAAACUGUAAAUUAAUUUUUCUAUUUCGACUAAAAGUUUGCAGAAUGCUGCAGACUGUUGUAGCCUCUCAGAGGUAUUGAUUGAUGGACAGGGCAGACCGAGCUUAAAGGGACUCUCCAGUGCCAGGAAAACACAUUGUUUUCCUGGCACUGCAGGUCCCCUCUCCCUCUCACCCCCCAUUCCAUGUUGCUGAAGGGGUUAAAACCCCUUCAGUGACUUACCUGUAUCCAGCACCGAUGUCCCUCGGCGCUGGGUCAGGGUCCGCCCACGCUCCUCCCCCGCCGACGUCAUCCAGCGGGGGAGACCUAUUAAACAUGCACGGCCAGCAGCGGGGGAGACCUAAUGCGCAUGCGCGGCAAAGCAAAGCAUGUGCAUUAGACCUCCCCAUAGGAAAGCAUUGAAUAAUGCUUUCCUAUGGGGAUUUCAGUGAUGCUGGAGGUCCUCACAUAGCAUGAGGACUUCCAGCCUCAUUAUAGCACACUUUUCGUGUUCUAUGAACACGGAAGUGUUCUCUAGUGGCUGUCUAGAAGACAGCCACUAGAGGAGGACUUAACACUUCAAGGUAAAUAUUGCAAGUAUUAUAUAUAUUGAAAACUGCAAUAAUUACCCUUGCAGGCUUAAGGGUAGUGGGAGUUGGCACCAAUACCACUCCAAUGGGCAGAAGUGGUCUGGGUGCCUGGAGUAUCCCUUUAAACAAGAUAUCUCGUGUGAUAACCAUCAGAACUGCAUAAACUAACUUUUAUUCCUUGUUCCGUUACCAUAAUAUUGGUAUCCAGGCCUUACAAUAUUCCUUGUACAUUACUAAAUAUCAUAGGGAACCUGUUGGAAGUGUGUCUGAGAUUAGCAUUCCAAGAUAAACCUUCACAAUGCUGGAUUCUUCAAUGCUCAAUGUGACUUCAAUGCUCUAAUUCGGGAUUGAAGAUUUUGGAUAAGACUAAUUCAGUAGCUACUGAUGUUUUCCUGUUUGCUUAGCUUUGAAAAACCAAAGCCCUAGGUUUUUUUUUAUAAUUUUUUUUUUUCGUUUUUAAAUGGUACGUUUGGAAUUGUUUGGUUAAAGUUAUGGAAAGUCAUAUAUAUUUAAGAAUUAUUAGUAAAACACAUUUUUAUGUAUUUAUUGUCACAUGUAUCUCAUGCUGAAUAGAGUCUGGUUUCUAGAACUGACAUUUUAUUGACACACUUAAGAAUAGAACCGUAAUGGUGAGCCUUGGCACUCCAAAUAUUCCUGAACUUUAUUUCCUAUGAUACUUGGCCUAUUCCUUGAACCAAAUCUACAUUCUAAUCUAACUUUCCAGAGCUUUGUAAAUGCACAAUACCUUAAAGGAACACUGCAAUCCAAACACCAUACACACUACAGCACCCUGCAGUAGUUAUGGUGACUGGGGAGCCCAGUUACCCCCUUCCACUCCCCUUCAAAAGUGGUCAAAUGUAUUUAGAACGGUUUUGCAGGUUUCCAGGAGUCUACUGGGUGGACGUUCUACAUCAAUAACCAAGUCAAAUCAUUUGGCAACCCUGGUACCAUAACCACUACAGCAUGCUGCAAUGGUUAUGGUGCCUAAAGUGUUCCUUUUUAUUCUUACCUUUUCUGUGUCCAUCCCAUGGAUAACCAGAUGCAAUAUUUAAAGAGGCUCAGAAAGUCUACUUUUGUUAAAAGUGGAAUGCAGCAAAUCUGAGAUGUGGCAAAUUGGAAAAUGCAAUUAUCAUGCAAUUUCUUUUUUUGCUGCGGUAUCAUAAAACAGGUUUUCCAAGCGUCCUUUCCAUUUAUGUGGAUUAUUGAUUUAAUUUCCGUGUGGUUCCUUUUAAUGGAUUUAUAAUUAGAACAUUGUCACAAUAAUCAAUAGUGAGAUUAUUAACCAUGUAAAUAAAACCCACUGAUUUAGGGUGAGGUAAGAACUGCGUUAUCGGCAAUCGAUGGCUAUGGUCAGACAGGAUUAUUUCCACCAGUGAAAGAUAUAUUCUCGAAAGUAGACCAUUAAUAUUUGUAUUUUCUGCAGAGACACAAAUGUUGUUUUUGUAAGGAAAUAUUGUUUUUUAACAGAAUAAAGAAGUGGCGUGAUGCAUUACUACUGCAACGAGCGCAUACACUACAUUGUGGCUUCAUUAUAUUACUAGAAGAUAAAACAUACUGCUGCGAUAUAUAUAUAUAGUGUCUUGUGGAUUUAGUCUGGUGUAGAUAAAAAAAAAAAAAAAACAAGGAGGUACAGUUCAGUUUUGCUUGAAGGUAUUCAUCUAUCAUCAUGGUUGUUUUAAUAUUCCGCUCUAUACUACGACCAUUGCCAAUGACAAGUCAUAUCCGUUUCGUCAGAUGAUGCACUGGACUCCUGUAAGGCAAGGGAGACCCUAUACACAUAAUCCUCAUCCCUCAAUUACUGCAUUCCAGCGUUUUCAAAUUGAUUGUUCAUUACCCUGUACAAUGUUUUUUAUUAUUAUUUUUUUAAUUGUAUUUUAAUUUUGAAAAAAAAAUUUUUUUAUACCUUUUUAAUUUUUAAAAUUUAUUAUCAUCAGAAUCCCCUUUUUGGUAAUGUGAAGGCCACCGUAUAGCUUGUACUUGAUUGAUGUUGAGAAACCAUAAACUUUAGUUUAAUCUUGGUCAAGCAAAAUGUCUAAUAGUUGACCAAUAAAAAUAAUUAUUUUAUAUUUUUUUGACAUUUUAUUUUCAGAGUGGUUAGAACGUCAAAGACAUUGCCAAGAAGCCGAGCAGUAAUGCGAGGUCAUUAACUCCUAUCCAUUAGCUAAGAUUAAAAGCAGCACUUUGUUGUUUUUUUUGUUUUUUUUUUCAUCUUUUUUUUGAAUCAUUUUCCCUCUUCCUUGAGAGCAGAGCACAGUUGAACAUAAUAGUUACAUAAAUAAUUUAUGAGUAGACUUUUAAAAUUUAAAUCAGGAUGGCAGAGUGGUAACUAUGCAAACUGUUAUUUUAAGCAAUUCAGUCAGAUAGCAGAAAUCACUUUUAUGGAGAAACGUAGCUAAAGAAGAAAAGAUAAAAAUCAAUUAUCCAAAUUGCCUCUUCAUUUUACAUUCCCCUAGUUCACUCAUCAGCAUUAGCUCCCAUUAUGCAGCCAAAUAGAAUCUUUGGAUGUUUUGACCUUGUGUUGGUCAUAGUGCACUCACGGAAUGGAGCUGUCUGGUAAUAGUGGCCUAUGGGUUCUGUGGUAUGGAAGACUCUAUUUUAAGGUCUGUUCCAUUAUGCAAACGAGCACAUCUAGAUCACUUUAAAGGCUCACUGCUCCAGCCUGGGUUAUUUUCAUUGUCUGCUUAAUAAGCUGUCAAAAGCUUAGAAAUACAUCUGGGUUAUCCUUCCCUUCAGUUACAAAAAAUAUAUAUUUAAUUUCACAAAUCACCUCUUGUGUGCUUGUAAUCAUAUAAAUCAAGGCUAAAUUUAAAUUUUUCUACAUUUCGGUGUGUGUGUGUAUAUAUAUAUAUAUAUUUUAGUCUAUAACACUUUAGUAUUUGUAAAGCAUCAAAAUAUUGAGGGGGGGGGGGAGGGAGGGGAGUACAGGUGAAGGAGUGGGGGGGGGAGAAAGAGAGGAACUGUAAGAAUGAGUACCAGAACAAAAGGAACCUGGACCCGGCCUGUGGUCUUAAAAUGCAGCAUUUAUAGAACUUUUAUACAAAGUGCUUUAUAUGAUGGCUUAUGAGCUUACAAUCUAAAUUCCAUUAGAGAAGUGUAGUGAGACAAGAAGUUGCAGUGUUGGCGUGUGGAAGAAUAUGUAUUUAUAAAUGUUGUUGUUGUUCUGUAUUCAAUUCACUGUUUAGCGUACUAACUCUCUUUUAGAUUGGGUGUCAACACUCAGAACAUGGAAGUUCCCCUGUGUCACCGAUGUGUUUGGGUAUCUAAAGCGAAAAUCAUUAACCUCAUUACUCUGUACGAUGCCCAAUCAGUUUUACACACCUUGA